AUGGAUUCUACUUCAAGCAUGCCCGCGCUGCCAAAUAAGUCGAUCGUCCACUUCAUCACGAACAAUUAUGGCUGGACAUUUAAUUUAAUCACGACUCAUUUAAUGUGGUGGAUCGUGGGUUUUCCAAUCGCGCUCGAAUAUGGCUACUCCAGUGACGCGUAUGACGGUAAAGGGGCGUUACCUUCGGGUCCCGAAGGUUCUGGAGUGUACAUUGUUACGCUAUUUGUCUGCGCUCUUUGCACUGUCGUCUAUAUCACGCGCUUAGCCUCAUAUUUUGACUGGUUUAGCCCUCCUGCUGCCAAGGAGCACACGGAAUGA